GGGCAGCUAUAGGCAUAGAUAAAACGUUGGAGUGUGUGCGGGCGACGGAAAACGGACAUCGGUGGUCGGUUAUCGCCGUUGGUGGUCAUCCGUUCGCGGCCUCGAACGAACAAUGACGAAGCGCCGUUACCACGCAUUACUGGCAUUACGUAGCGGGCAAGAUGCACGGGACACGGAUAUCGCAGUCCUCCGACCACCAAGUGCCAGAUAUCAAAUAUUUCUAGUUCUGCCUGCGACUGCUUGAAAAACCUUCAUGUUUUCCAACGGACAAUAUCGCGUCAAGCGUUAAAAACAGGUUGCGCGUAUUGCUGACUAAGUGGAAUGCAGUCUCACUGGGACUGACUCAUCAGAUUGAAACGUAUGGCUAAAACACAAAAUCGAAGGAAAAAAAAUAUAGAGGAAAAUAGAGACGUAAUUGAACUAGUGAUCUUGUAACCCUAAAUUUAGCUGACUACAAAAUUGUAAAUAAUAAAUCGUAGAUAAUGAAAAAGAGAGUAGCUAGAGGAAGAGAGGGAAAGUUGCAGUUAAGCUUAUACUAUAUUAGUUAAUUAUUCGUAAAUAUUUACACGUGUUUCGUGUGGCAUUUAAAGAAAACUGAUUGGAAACUUUUACACGACACUUUUUAUAGGAAAAAUAUCACAUGUUUGUACGAUUUAAUAAUCCUUUAAAAUUAAAUGAAAUUCACCGAUCAAUUAUAUGGUUAUAGAUAAAAUUUGUUUGCAUAUCGGAGUGAGGGGAAAAUAAAGAACUGAGAUAAAAAGACAGGAAGCUGGUUGACCAAGCAGUGACACAAGUGAACGUUUCAGUACACAACCAGUACAAACUGUGCCGCGUUCGGCAGAAGAUAAAAAUUUGUACACUAACAAUGAGGCUUGAUUCUCAAUAAAAUGUGAUAUUUGAUUAACAUAUAAUUAUAUGCUGAUAGAAAAAUAAUUGAAUAAUCUAAUAGUUGAAGUGUUUAUGAAAUCAUUGUUGGACAUAGUGUAAAUAAAUUCUAUUCACGUGUAAAUCAAUAAUUGUGCAAGAUAUUAUAACGAUAAGUACUUCUGCCCAAGCGUGAGUCAGAACUAUAAGAUGCAGGAAAUACUGAAAGUUCUGCUAACUUUUUCACAUUUCAUUAUUAUCAUAAAUUCGGAAGGCAUCUUGUGCUACAAAUGCACUCCAACAAGAGAAUAUAAGCCAGCGGGUCCUUACCCGUGCUCUGAAUUUGACUGGAGUGAACGGUUUCAAGUUGAAUGUCCAAAGUCUACUCUAUGUAUGAAAAUAACAAGCACCACGGUUCUUGGGCAAAACGAAGUUACAAUCGUUGAGAGGGACUGCGCUCCACAGAAACUAGCUACACAUAAUUAUAAUCGGAAUAAAAAAAAAUGGUACAGUGAAGAAAAAAUAGUAAACUCUGCUUACAGCGAAGGCUGUGAAACUCAAAAGGUUGAAAUACCUCGGAAAUACUGCUACUGUGGAUUGCAUUUAUGCAAUGGAUCUGAGUCUGAUAGUAAAAUUUUCUCUUCUGAUAUCAUUCUGCGCAUAGCAGGAUUAAUGCUAUGCAUUUGGCAAAAUUUUCACGUUUAACAAAAAAUAGAGAUGAACUAAGAAGAAUCUAGUCUGAAAACAAAUUCAUUAUUAAGAUUCAGUGCUGGUACUUGAAUAUUAUUCGAAAAAUGUUCUGUGGAUAAUUUCUCAUGUGGAGUAACUGUAAAUAAAUUCUAAUUAUUUUUACAAUACCAGAAUACAACCUAAAAGUCAAAUAUUUAUGUGUAAUGAAAGAUUUUGAAUUGUACAAAUUCUUAGAAAAUGUUUAUUACAUUAUUCCUAUUAUGAUGAGUCACUGCGCAAACUUAUCUCUAACUCUUGUAUAAAAGUAAUUAUUUAAAUAUAAUAAAUAUCUUCUUACCUCUGAA